AUGAAGAUCCUCCUCAUCUUCACCCUCUACCUGAUCUCAGAUCCGUGUUGUUUGGGGUCAGAGACUGUGUCUGGUUAUCUGGGAGAGACGGUGACCAUCAGCUGUUCAUAUCCAGAGCAGUUUGAGAGAAACACCAAGUUCUUCUUUAAACAAAACCAUCAAUAUUUUACUGAAAAGAUCCGAAACUCAGAGACCCAGAGAGACAGAUUCUCCAUCUAUGAUGACAGAAGCUCUAACGUUCUCAGUGUGAAGAUCAGGGAUGUGAGAGAAGAUGAUGGAGGGGUUUAUUUCUGUGGAGUGAAUGAUGGAGGACAGCAGUUAUUACUCCCUCUACUCAGAGACUCAGCUACAGCUCCAGGUUCCUCUGACAUCAUCAUCAUCAUCAUUGUGUGUGUCUGUGUGGCUCUGCUGCUGAUUGGAGGUUCAGCACUGAUCUACUACAAACUGAGAUUCACCAAGAGUCAAGGCUCCACUCCUUCAUCCAGAAUGGAGCUUGAAGAACAAGGGCCCACUUACACCACUAUUAGUUUCCAGAAGAACCCAGAUUCUCCUACUGUUGCUGCAGUUCCCUACAGUGAGGAGGAAUGUGCUACUGAAUACUCCUCUGUCAAGCACCACACAUGACUGAAAUAUCUUUAAUCACUACUAACUAGCAACUUACUGCGAAUGAAUGA